GAAACGCUAAAGUUAGGUCACGUUGCUGUAGUGAAAGCAACUUGAUUGUCUGCAGUUAAUCGGAGGCGCUGCAGUGCAAUCGGGGAUCGCGUUGCGGAGUGUUUGUGACGUUUCGAACCCAACGAUUUGCUGUCCCUUGUAUAAAUAAAGCACGGGAAAGUGAUACUGGGUAACUACACGGGCAAAAAUGGCGGAAAGUAAAGGAUCCAUGCUCGCCAAAUCGGUACAGAAGCAUGCAGGGCGAGCCAAGGAAAAGAUACUCCAAAAUUUGGGCAAGGUAGAUAGAACUGCGGACGAAAUAUUCGACGAGCACCUUCAAAACUUUACAAGGCAACAGAACGCCGCCAACAGACUGCAAAAGGAAUUUAACAACUACAUUAGGUGUAUUAGAGCUGCUCAGGUGGCAUCGAAAUCGCUUCUGGAAGCGAUAGGCGAGAUUUACGAAAGUCAAUGGACGGGUCACGAUCUUAUGUACGUGCAAACCCAGUCGGUCGACAUGCUCUGGCAAGAUUUUAGUCACAAACUCGCCGACCAAGUACUACUACCUCUGAACACUUACCAAUCUCAAUUCCCAGAAAUGAGGAAAAAGAUCGACAAAAGAGGGAGGAAGCUAGUGGACUAUGACAGCCAGAGGCACAGCUUUCAAGCACUGCAGAGUAAUAUGAAAAAGAGGGACGACGUCAAAAUUGCCAAAGGCCGAGAGCAACUCGAAGAAGCGAAGAGGACGUACGAGAUGUUGAAUUCCGAAUUGCACGACGAAUUGCCGGCACUGUACGAUUCCAGAGUAUUGUUUUUGGUGACGAAUCUGCAGUCUUUGUUUAACGCCGAACACACUUUCCAUUCGGAAGCCGCAAAGGUGUUCGGAGAACUAGACAGCAUCGUCGACAAACUUGCCACGGACAGUCAGCGAGGCUCUUACAGUAUAAAGAAAACGAACGGAUCCGCUAGUUUGCCACGCCCCGUUAGCGUGACGAAAAAUUCGCCCGAGCUAAUCAUAGGCAACAGCACACCGAUGAGGCCGGUCAGUGACGAUAUCACCACCCCCGUGAAACCCCAAAUAAAAUUGGACGUCUCGUCUAACGACGCGUCGCCUCAAAUUAACGACGCCACGCCGUCGCCACCUAACACGCCCGGCGCCAACGAACCCGCGCCUCCAGCUAAAGCGCUAGCCAAUGGCAACACGACCCCAGACGGUAAGACGUCACCUUCGACGGAUUCGUCGAAGGCUACCCCUAAUAACGAGCCAAACGCGAAUACUAACACGAGUCCCGCCGCUUUUGCGCCCAACAGCGAUCGAAAGUUGGAAGAAUUGUACGACAUACCCGCUGGUGCAAGCACGGAAAAUUUACCACCUGGAGUCUUGUACAGGGUGAAGGCCACUUACAAGUACACGAGGGAGGAUGUGGACGAACUAUCAUUUGAAGUGGGGGAGAUUAUAUCCGUGAUCGAGUACGACGACCCAGAUGAGCAGGAGGAAGGUUGGCUGAUGGGCAUAAAAGAUAACGGAGAGAAGGGGAUGUUUCCCGCAAAUUUCACGAGGCCUCUGUAAUCUCUUAUUUAUUUUACGAAUUUAAGAACAAACAUUUUGAAACUACGGAUAUUCUCAGCGUAAUUUGUAGUUGAAUGUUUUGUGCCAGUGCUGUUCUGUUUGUGCAUUUUUUGAUAUUGUAAGCGUGUCGAAUACUCAUAUAUUGUUGAUGAAAAACUAACAAAAGGAAAGAAACUGUCUCGAAAGCGAUCAGGGAAAGUACUUAAACAAUCAGUUUUGACGUAUUCAUAGACAGUAUUAAGCUUGCUCAAUUUUGUGAGGUAAAGCACUUCUCAAGACUCGUAAUUGUAUAUAGGAUUCAUAGAACCGUUAACAGUGCAAGUUAGGCUGAUGAUAUCAUGAAAUGUUUAAAAGUGCCUUAAUGUUUUUAUUUUAUUUUUUGAUUUUACGUUUUGUUUAACAAUAUCGUUUUAUUUUGUAAUUUAUUUGUUAUCUCGUCAGAGAAUCUUUAUUAAUAUAUUAAAAACGAUUACCCGUGUAAGGAUUACUUAUUAUUUGUUAUAGUGCAUUUCUUUACAUGUCUCGUCGCGUACCUAUUUAUAAUAUAGCUCAUAGGUAUAUUUACAAUGCUCGUUUCAAAUUUGGUGCUUCCAGUUACAUAUAUUUUAAAGCCUAAUUGGACAUUUUAUGUAAAAAAAAAUCUCUGGUAUUAUCUAGUCAAAUUACAUUUCGAUUCUUUUCUUCCGCUUGAAUUCACAUUCUAUCACUUGGUCCACAUACAAUUUUUUUUACACUUUUGUUCCUCUGAAUCUAGAGAACUUAAUUCAGUUUAUUUCAAAGUUCUCUUCAGAUGCUGUAUAGGAAAUUUUAGAGAAAAAUUGCCUCUCAAGGAAAUGUUCAUAUAAGUGCCAAUAUUUUUAUAAGGUAAAAUUUUACAUUUCGUAAUCCAUUUACAUUGAACUAUUCGAUGAACAAAUAUAUUUACGAAUUUGGUAAUUUUAUAUAUCGUUUUAUGAUAGUAUCCCUGGAAGGAAUGUUCUUAUACACUUUAGCGUUCUAUACUAUGGUAUAGUUAAAAGAUUUUAUUAGUUUAGAACUAUAUUGUAAUAUUUUAUUAACUGUAACUUCCUUGUAUGUUUGGUUUAUGUUGAAAAU